GCGCACCAAGCAGCAGCGUCAACCGCGUUUCCGGACAUCGGCGACGACUGUACACUGUACAGCGACAGUAACGUACGACAACCGACGGCGGAAGAAGCACCAGCCAGAACAAGCUCAGCGCAACAGUUAUCACUGCCACCGCCACCACCCUCGCCGGCCCCGCGCACAGAUUAAACUCAAGAAAAACUCCAGAAAGCAAAUAAUAAUGUCUUCAAUUUCACAAUUCAGAAAGAACAAGCUCAUGUACGUCUUCAAUGUCUUCUUCGACGUCAACUCCAGCGGCACUAUCGACAAGAAAGAUUUUGAGAUCGCCAUCGAAAGAUUUUGUAAUUUACGAGGCUGGAGCGGUGACUCGGAAAAAGUAGAAAAGACCCGAUCAUGUCUGCUCAAGGUUUGGGAAGGCUUACAGUCUGGUGCUGACAAAGAUCAGGAUGGUCAGGUGACACAAGAUGAAUGGUGCGCAAUGUGGGACGAGUUCUCUAAAAACCCGAGUGCGCCUCAAGAAUGGCAAACACAUUAUAUGAAUUUCAUGUUUGAUCUGGUCGACACAUCAGGCGACGGUUCCAUCGACGAGGCAGAAUUUUGCGAAGUUUGCCAAAACAACGGCGUGCCUGCUGCGGAAGCUGCGGACGCGUAUAAACGAUUCUCAAAGGGCGGCACAUUAAAAGUCACUCACGACGAAUUCGCUAAAUACUGGGUGGAAUUUUUCUCCUCCGAAGAUCAAGCGGCUUUGGGCAACUUCAUUUUUGGAAAAACAUCGUUCAACUAAAAUACAAAAAAUUCGUAACUCGCGUCGUCUUUUUUGAUUUGUUUUUUCUUUAUAUACUAAUACUUAAAACU